GCUGUCAUAUUACUAAUGAAGGAACACAAGUUUUUCUUCCAUAUCUUCUUUCUGCCGACCUUUUCAUUCUUUAUCCUUAGAAGAAAUAAAGGCAGAGUCGUAACAGUGGAUGAUUAAUAUCCGGCUGACAGUUUGUGAAACGGACAGCCAAUAAACGGGAUAAAAAUACUGGUGAAAAAUAGCGUGCUCAUUAGGGGUACAGUGACAUCUGCGACUGCUGCUUCGAAAGUCUUCGAGAAGCAUGGAAAAGAUUCUUGGAUGAAGGGAACAAAGAAGACAGGUUUAUUAAACUAAUGGUGGAUCAUUUUAAUAUUCCAAUGGAAGCGCAUUGCAUUCGCUGAUUCGUAAAACUUAAUAACUUUUUUCAGGAUAUUAUUAUCUCUUCUUCAAUUCUCACUAAACUUAAUAAUUUAUGCAAUUAGGGGAGGAAUGUCAAAUUGAAUUAAUUAAAGAAUAAAAUAUUAUAAAAAUUUAUUUAUUUUAAUUUUAUUUUCAUUGUUUAAUUUUAUUUUUAUUAUAUGUAUUAUAAAUGUAUUAUAAAUUUAAUUUUUUGUUUUUAAAUUAAUUUUAAGCAUUAUGAUUUUUAAAAGAAAUUUUCAACAAUUCAGUGUAGUAAAUAAUAGAAUUUUUCUAUUUUAUAAUAAAUAUGAUGAAAUUAUAAUUUAUAAAAAAGUAUUCUCUUAUAGAUAAUUAAUAUUUAAUAUAUAACAAAUUAUUUCAAGGCUUUUAAAAAAAUGAUUUUAUAAACUUUUUAAUUAUUUAUUAACUUUUUACUUCUAUAUUAAUUUUAAGUUAAAAAGCGAAAUUAGCUUCAGAUGGCGCCACAAUGCCGAAGUUUGUCAUAUAUAUGUAUAUAUAUAUAUAUAUACAUAUAUAUGUAUAUGAGCAUUUCAAAGUAACAGUUAAUUAAUAAUAUUUGUUAUUAUAUGCUUGUAAAAUAAAAUAGAUUAAUUGUGUAAUAAAAGUUGAUGUAUUAUUCAUUGUAUUUGUAAUUUUCUUAUUGAAAAAAAUGUCUGAUGAAGAAGUGAUACGCCGAAGAUUACUUAUAGAUGGAGAUGGUAUCGGAGAUGAUCGUCGAAUUAAUAUGCUUUUAAAAUCAUUCAUAAAAUGGGCAAAUAGUCCAGACGCAGAUAAUACUUUACACGAAAGAAUGUUAUCUCAACUUGCUCAAUGUGAAUUUGCACAACGAAAAUCUAGAUUAGUCUCAAAUAUGAGUCAAGAAGAAUUGAAAAGUUAUGAACAGUUAUCGAAGGAAAUUGAAAUUCAAAUAGAAGAGGCUAAAAAAGAUAUUGAAAGAACAAAAGUAGAAUUACAAGAUGCAAAACGUGUUAGGAAAAAUAGAAUUGAAUAUGAUGUAUUGGCAAAAGUCAUAAAUGAGCAACCAGAUAGAGUAGAAACUAACCUAAAACUUGCUACAUUACGUGAAGAAUUAGGAAAAUUAAAAGAGAAAUCAGAACAACUAGAACACAAAUUGGAAAUGAGACGAAAACAAUUUCAUGUUUUAAUAUCUUCUAUACAUUCUUUGCAAGGAAUGUUAGAUGAAUGUGAUGAAGAAAUAAUGGAUGUAAGUUUAGAAAAUUAUGAAGAUGCAGAUACAUCUUCAAAGACUGAAGAUCUUAAAUAAAAUUAUUUUAUAAAAAAAAAUUUCUAAACUUUAUAAAUGCUUUAAUAUGCCAAAACUUCUAUUUUUAUAUUUUAUGUAAAUUUUUUUUCCUUUGCAUUUAUAUCAUAUAAUUUUACAAAUAUUAAAUAUAAGAAAUAUUUAAUAAUAAAAUAUUUAAUAAUAAAAUAUUUUUAACUUAACAAAAUGUUAAACAAUAUAAAAAAUUACACAUACCACCUUGUUAUCCAAUUUUUAAUUUUAAUUUACUGGUUUUUGGAACAUGUCUAAUGGUUAAAGAUAAUCUAAUUCCACGUUUUAAUGUUUCUCCAUCAAGAAAUUUUUCCCCACAUAUAUCCAAAUUUUUUAUCACAGAUUUUGAAAUAAUAUCUGUGUCUCUUUCUGCAAUUGAAUGCAAAUAAUUAUGGUAUAAUUCUUCUUGAAGAAUAAAUAAACUUCGACGCUCCAAUAAAAGACUAAACUCAAAAUUAAGUUGAUGUUGCUGAAAUAAAAUCUUGCAAUUAGUUUAUGAUUAUAUGAUUAUAUUGACAAUUAUAUUUGAUUAUCUUUAUAAAUAUUAUCUCACCUCUAUAUUGUUAAUUCGUUUAUAAAAAUCUAAAAGUGUGUGAGAGCCACAACUAAUAGUUGUUACAAUAGGAUGAAACAAUGGACCAUCUGAAUGUGCCUAAUAAAUAUAAAUUAUAUUUUACAACUAUA